AUGGAAAUUCCCAGGACCAGCGGAGACUACAUUUCCGAGACCUUGUCGAACGAGCGAAUCCAGAGGAUCAACACCUCAGCAAGUAAGCCUGGUUUGGAGACUGGUCCAACAAGUUUUGAGGUGCGCGAAAGAGGACAGCCAGACCAGCACCUUGAAAAGGGACCAGCUGCAGACUUUGGAGAGACUAUCGAUGCAAGAACCGAAACGGAAGCUCGGGUUACAUGGGAUGGUCCAGACGAUCCCGCGAACCCUAAGAAUUGGAGCGCAGGUCGCAAAUGGCUCGUCACUUUUGUAACAUCAUCCUUUUCAUUCAUCGCUCCGUUGUCCUCUUCAAUGAUCUCGCCAGCCUUACCUGCUAUUAGCGACGAGCUUCAGAUCAAUAACGGUACAGUCGAGCUGUUAGUGGUCUCCAUCUACGUGCUUGGCUUUGCAAUUGGGCCUUUAUGUCUGGGGCCGCUGAGCGAAGUAUACGGCCGCAGAAUCGUUCUUCAAAUCAGCAACGUCGUCUUCCUAAUUUUCAACACGGCAUGUGGUGGGUGCCGCACGACAGCGCAGAUGAUAGUGUUCCGUUUUCUCAGUGGCUUGGGAGGAAGUGCGCCACUAGCCGUUGGAGGCGGCACGCUCAGCGACGUAUGGUCCAACGAAGAAAGAGGAAAGGCUAUGGGCAUUUACACGUUGAUGCCACUUCUGGGUCCAGCACUUGGACCGAUCAUGGCAGGCUUCAUCGUCAAAUAUGCGAAUUGGCGAUGGUGCUUUUACUCGGUAUCGAUCGGCGACGUUCUCGUACAACUCAUAAGCACUAUGCUGCUUCAAGAGACAUACCCGCGUGUCAUCCUCGCAAGAAAAGCGAAAGCUCUACGAGAAAAGACGGGAAAUUCGAGUUUCAUGACUGAGUGGGAAGCAGAGGGCCAGUCUUUGGGUCAGAAGCUCCGCACCGCGUUCAAGCGACCGAUUAAGCUCAUCACAACCCAGCCGAUCAUACAGUUCGUCGCCAUUUACAUGGCUUUCUUGUAUGGCAUGAUUUACUUGGUCUUGUCGACAUUCCCUCGCUUGUGGACCUUAAAAUAUCAUGAAGAGGUCCACAUUGGCAGUCUGAAUUACGUCGCAGUUGGCUUGGGUUUCUUGACAGGCUCGCAGGUCGGUACACGUUUGCAGGAUCGAAUAUACAUGGCUCUCAAGCGACGCAACGGGGGUAUUGCGCGGCCCGAGUUUCGCGUGCCGUUGAUGGUGCCCGGGUCAAUAUUGCUCCCCAUAGGCAUCUUUGUGUACGCCUGGACAGCUGAGGUGACUGCCUUCUGGCUGUGGCCAGACAUAGGCAUGUAUAUCGUUUGUGGGAGUAUGAUACUGUGUUGGCAGGCUAUGCAGGCAUACCUUGUCGAGGCGUAUACAACGUAUUCUGCGUCGGCACUGGCCGCUGCAACGGUCUUAAGAUCGCUUGCUGCUACGGGCUUCCCGUUGUUUGCUACACGUCUCUAUGAUACGCUGGGAUGGGGACGCGGAAACUCGAUAUUGGGAGGUGUCGCGUGCGUCAUUGGUUGGCCUGCUGUGAAGCAAACCGUGUGCGUAGUCCAAGAGCAACGACGGAAGAAGGUGAGCUCGGACGGCAGUCCAAAGACGCCUUCGCAGAUGUCUCAAAAUGCCACCAUCUUGGAUGCGGAACUUUCUUCAACUACUGUUGAGGCACUUUCGGCCAGUUCUUUUGCUCCCUCCGAGAGUCAUCCAGCAUUCGUUGGUGAAGAAAACGGGCUCUUCGUGCAUCUUGCACCAACCUCCAUGAACAACCUCACCGAAACUGAACCGCAAACCAUCGAUGGUAUUCGCGUAGAACCCAGCAAGAUCGAUGUCUGCUUUACAAGUCGGACGCUCAAAAGUCGCAUUGCUGCAUCCGAUGCUGAGAUAUCUGCUUUAAACAGGGGUGCCCAUCUGGAUGACUUAGGCCCGUUGAGUGCUUUGUCGAUUACCAUUGCUCGCUUGCAGAUUCAGUCCUUCGCAUUCGUUGCCAGUGCAAGCGGAUUGGACCACACCGAUGUCAUCCAACUUGCAGAAGCAGCAACCGCAACGAUGGACCUGAUCUGUGAUCUGGAGCAAACGCUUCAAAUUUCUCUAGCUUGUCCAAACGCUAUCUUUCAAGGUAUACAGUUAGCGGGCUGCACCAUUCUCAAGCUCCUCAAAAGCUAUCCCAACGAGUUGAGUCUUGUUGGACUUCAAGAGAAAGAUAUGAUCAGUGCUUUCUUCUCUGCUAUCAAUAUUUGCAAAGCGAUCUCUGUGGUAAACAACGAUAUUCCAGCCAAGGUAGCAGAGAUCAUGCGCCAAUUGUGGUCAAGCAACAAUGUGUAUCGCGCUUCGGACGGGGGCGAAAUUCUUCCACUUCAGGUUCUCAACCGACAGUCGAUGAACGUGGUAUUCGAUUGCCUCUACUGGUGGAGAAAACUGUUUCUGACACAGACAAACUCAAGGCCCAGCAAUCAACACCUAGACAGCACAAAUGCCGCCGUUGUAGGUAACAUGGUGGACGGUUAUUCGGAACCCAGACAGUCUCUGUUUGACGAUUGGGACACCUGGGGCUUUGACUGGGGUUUCGAUUUCUCUGAGUCACUACACAUGCCGACCGUUGUGAACGAAGAAAUCUCCGCAUAA